AUGACACAAGAUGUUUAUGAUUCAGUUGAGGAUUUUGUCUUUCAAAAUGGAGGAACAAACAUAAUUAAUAGAAUUUUAGUUGCGACAAGUGGUCAAGCAGCUAUUAAGUGUAUUAGAUCUAUGAGACAUUGGGCAUAUGUAACAUUUAGUAAUGAGAAAGCUUUUGAAUUUGUAGUUAUGGCCACCCCAGAAGAUAUUGAAAGUAAUACGGAAUGUAUUAGCGAAGCAGAUUACUAUGUAGAUGUCCCAAUGGGCCCGAAUUACCAUAAUUAUGCAAAUAUAGAGGUGAUAGUUUCAAUUGCUGAGGAAUAUGAGUGUGAUGCAGUGUGGCCCGGUUGGGGUCAUGCUUCUGAGAAUCCCCAGUUACCAGCAGCUCUUAAAAGAGCUAGAAGAAAAAUUAUAUGGAUAGGUCCACAAGUAGAAUCUAUGGAAACUGUUGGACAUAAAAUAGAAUCAAAUAUAAUUGCUCAAUCUGUUCAUGUACCAUGUGUACCUUGGUCAGGUGAUGAUAUAACAGUAGAUAUCGAUUGCAAUGGAAAGCUAAUAAAAUCAGUUAGUACAGAUAAGAUUUUGGCAGCUUGUGUAAAGAAUCUAAAGGAAUGUAUUGAUGUGUGUAAUCGAAUUGGAUUUCCUGUUAUGAUAAAAGCAAGUGCAGGAGGUGGUGGGAAAGGUAUAAGGCUAUGUAAUAGACUAGAAGAUAUUGAAUCUAAUUAUAGACAAGUUGUAAAUGAAGUUAAAGGAAGUCCAGUAUUUAUUAUGAGAGCAGUAACUAAGUGUAGACAUUUGGAAGUUCAAAUAAUAGGAGAUGUUUAUGGAGACGUCAUGGCACUUAGUACCAGGGAUUGUACUAUUCAAAGAAGACACCAAAAAGUUAUAGAGGAAGGACCUGUAGUAACAGUCCCAAAGGAAAUUGUUGAUAAUAUAGAAAAAUCAGCUGAAAGGAUGUGUAGGGCAGUCGGCUAUUCUUGUGCUGGAACUGUAGAAUUUUUAUACGAUUUGGAACAUAAGUCUGUUGCAUUUCUAGAAGUCAAUGCAAGACUUCAAGUAGAGCAUGUCGUUUCGGAAGGUGUAACCAAUUGUAAUUUACCUGCAGCUCAGUUACAAAUUGCAAUGGGUAUUCCUUUGAAGAAAAUUAAAGAUGUGGAAGAAUACAGAAAAUUAAAAGAGGAAAAUAAAACUCCUCCAAAACAUAUGAUAGCUGCAAGAAUUACUUCUGAACAUGCUGAAAAGGGGUUCACACCUACUUGUGGAGAUAUAUUUGAGAUAUCAUUUCGGAGCUCUCAAACUGUCUGGGGUUAUUUUUCUGUUGCUUCUCCUGGCAAUAUUCAUCAGUACGCUGAUUCCCAAUUUGGUCAUAUAUUUGCAUUUGGUAUGAACAGAGAGGAAGCUAGGAAAAAUCUUAUAAUGGGUUUAAAGGGAUUAACUAUACGUGGAGAAAUCCGAACAAAUGUUGAAACUUUGAGCAGAAUUCUAGAAAAUCAUGAUUUUAUCAAUUGCAAUACAUACACCCAAUGGUUAGAAAAUAGCGUAUGUUUUUCAUCUCCACUAUGCAAAAAGGUAUCUACUGAACAUUUGGUGGCUGUAUUCGCUGCAGCAUCAUAUACUGGAAUAAGUUUUUUUAAAGAUAGUGAGAAGAGAUUUAUUAGAGCAUUGGAACAAGGUCAAUUACCAGGUCCAAUUUAUGUACAGCAUGAUAUGACCCUAGUACACAAAGGAACUAAAUUUAUAUGUGAGUCUCACUAUAUUGGGCCAAACCAUGUGAGAAUUGUAAUGAAUGGUAGUUCAGUUAUUGCAAAAAUAAGGAAUAUUUACCCUGAUACUAUGCAAAAUGGUCGAGAUUCUUGUUAUUUAAUAUCAGGUGGAUUUGACGGGCGAAAUAGGCGUGUCUUUUUUAAAAAAGAUGCUGAAGAUAAUAUGCUUGUUACUUUUGAUGGGGCUACGUAUACUUUUGUUAAAGAGCAAGAUCCGAGACAAGUUAGAGCACCUGUAAGUGGAAAGUUAGUUAGAUGGUUAAUUCCAAACGGUGGACUAGGUGAGAAAGGUCAACCUUAUGCUGAAGUAGAGAUUAUGAAGACAUAUAUGCAAGUGACAUUGUCUAACACUGGGAAAUUAGAGCAUGCAAAAUCUCAAGGAACAUCAUUUAAUAUUGGAGAUAUUCUGGCACUACUGGAAUUACCUUCAGGUUUUGAACCCCCAACUUUGGCCAUUUAUCCUUUACCAUUUCCUCAAUCUCAAAAUAUUAAAGUUCCAAAAUUGGCCUUUGAGACAUUUUGUUCAGGUGGAUUUAGGGGUAAACCUAGGAGUUUUGCAUUGGCUAAUUUUCGUGAAGGUCAACAGCAAUUGUUAAACGUUUUUUCUGGAUAUUAUCCCUCAUACAGAGAUGUAGCUUCUGCUCUAGAAAUGUUUUAUCAUGUUCUAGAUCCAGCGAUUCCAUUUAUUGAAAUACAGGAAGCAUGUGAAGUUGCUGCACCACUGAUACCAGUAUAUAUUAAGAGCCAGAUUCUUUUUCUCACUGAAAAUACAUUUAAACUACUUGAGUCAGUUAGUGACAAACAUUGGUAUAAGGCUUUUGAAUUAGAAAAAAGUACUAGCAGCUUAUGUUAUAACAAAGAGAAAUUAUCUGAUUAUAAUUCUGAGACGUAUGAAUACUCAACUUGUAAAUUAGAUACUUCCACAGAUUCUCAAUCAACAAAACAGAAUAAGACACCUAUAUCGUCUUCCCCCUCAAUUGCAACUGAAUUUGAAGAAAUAACUUCUUCCCCAUUAUCUUCCGAUGAAUAUUUGAAAUACCAGGAUACACCUGGUGAACAGAGUGAAUUUUUUGAGGAUGAUAAGAUUUCACUCAGUUUACAAGAAUUGCGCAAGAAAGCUUUGACAGCCUCUUCUAAAACUGAGCUAGAAAGUCUUUGUAUGGAAAGCCUCCGUUUGAUAAAUGAAAUAAUCGAGCAAGCAAUUCAUGAAGCAGAUAAUGGUGAAUCUAAUUCAGUUGACUCUUAUGUAACUACAAGGUCACAGUACGAACCCUUAUUAUAUAUUAUUCGUCGUAACGAAAAGGGACGUUGGAUGCGCUUAAUGUAUGAAUUGCAUGAUAUUCUCGUGCGAUACACUGAAAUUGAGAAGCAAUUUGAAGAGAGGUCAUCUCUUAUCUCAGCUAGGAUUAUUCCUAGUAUGCGUACAGAAUAUGAUUUGCAGACUUUGAUGGAGAUGGGUCGUUCUCACCAACAGUUAAAGGUAAAAAAUGAUAUUUUAGAGGUUAUUGCUCAAGAAAUGGUUAAUAAUCAUGAUCUACUACAAUGUACUGCACCAUUUCAUGAUACAAUUCAUCAAAUAGCAGAACUAACAUCUGUAGAAUAUACUAUGAUAGCAGGGGCAUAUCGUCAUGUAUUAUUAAUGAAGGAAAACACGACUAUGAUGUCUCAAGUAAAUUUAGUGGCAAUGAAAAUAUAUGAUUUUCAGCAAUAUCGUAUACAGUCAAAUGUUUAUCCAUAUCUUACUUCAAUUUCAAAUACUCCUUCAUCCCCAUUACAGUUGAACUUAAGUACUCCAAAUCCUUGCUGGGGAUGUCCUAAUAACAACACUAAUUCAGGAAGUGGUUCAACAAAUCUUUCAAUGACAAUUUCUAAUUUAGUAGCUGAUUAUUCUAACUUUCCAGAUUUUGCACUAUUGUCUUGUUGGGGACAUGAGAAUCCGGAAAUAUCGAAGUUGGCUUGCGAAAUUUAUAUUCGACGUCAUUAUGAACGCUGUGGUCUUUCUUUUUAUUUUAUCAAGUCUUGUGGCGAAACUUGGAGCAAAUCACUUGAUAAUAGUGGAACUCAAAAUAAUAAUUCUCAUGUUUUAAAUUCGAUUUGUUCUACUCCAAGUGGAUCUCCAAUAAAUAUUAAUCAAGUUUACAAUAGGAUUUUAGCUGUUUGGACACAUCAUGCUUUGUUAACAUCAUCAUUUCUACAGAACCAUUGUGACAUCUUACGUUCAUCAACUACUCCUCAGGAAGUUAUAAGGCUUGGUUCGAACUUAGAAAUUGAAGGAGACGUGGGAAAGUGCGGAAGGAAACCAAAUUUAAAAGCUUUGAAGCAAUUUAAUAGUUCACCAACUCCAAACAUGUAUUUAACUAACAGUGAAGGUCUCAAGGAUAAUAGCCGCUGGCAAUGCAUGUUAAAUGCAUUUAGUGGAACUAAUUCCAGCAAUGUAUCUGAUGAAUUAAUUGAGGAAUCAUCACAUAUGCAGACAACUAUUGGUUUAUAUUUUGAAUCAAUUGAGGACUUAAACAAAAAUUUUGCUAAUUGUAUUGAUGAGUUAUAUUUGUUACACAAUUUUUUCCCUCAUAUCCCAUCUUCUGUUGAUUCUUAUAUCCUUCUAGUUGUUUUGUCAAAAUCUCCAAAUGCAGAAACCUAUAUCCAAGAUAAUAAAGUUAAAGAUGAAGAAGAUAUAACUAGAACUCAAACUUCAAAUGAUCCAAGUAUUAAGUUGGAAAGUAUACUUAAUAAACAUCAACCAAGACUUUUAAAAAACAAUAUAUAUAUGGUUUCCUUUGUAUUAUUCCCACUUAUGGAAAAUAAUUCGUCAGAAUCUUUAUCUGCAAGUCUGGUUUCUCCAAAUUCACCAUAUUACUAUCAUUUCCGGUCACUUGUAGCUAUUCCUCACAAGCUACAAAACCUAGAUGAGAAGAUAAUUGAUACAAAUGAAAACAAAAGUAUUGUUAGAGAUGGAUAUGUAGAGGAGAAAUAUAUAAGAAAUGUAUGUAGUACACUUCUAAGUACUUUAGAAUUGAAAAGAUUAAGAUAUUUCAAUGUUACACCAAUUCCAAGUUCAUUACCAGGGAUAAAUUUAUAUGUUGCCAUUCCCUGUGAAAUAAUUAAAUCUAUGAAUGAUAAUUUAAUUGUAUCUUCUAAAGAUAUAGAUCUAAAAUCUGGUAAUCAAACAGAUUCAAUAUCUCUUCCACUUGAUAAAAAACCAAGUUCACCAAAGGCUAGUGGAAAUGAGAGUAAAUCAACUUGUAUUACUGGUAUUACAUCUAUACCUAUCCCUAAUUUGGCUUCUCAAUCUGGAAGUAGUGAAGUAUUAAAAUCUCAGAAAUACCCUAUAACCCAUAAUAUUGCUUCAACUGUUACUUCUUCUAUAUCUAAGUCUCGUCGCUAUUUUAUUCGAGUUGUUAUAGAACAUGAAUGCAGUGAAAACUACUUUUCAGAACAAGAGAGAUACUUUAUUGCAGCAUUAAGUACCUUGGAGUCUUGGUUAUCCUAUGAUCAAAAUUACACACUUUCGGCAUCUUCAAACAUAUCACGUUUAAGUACUGCCACGGGAUUACAUCAUAUGUUGUUUACAUCUAUUGGUAUCUUGAGCAACAAAAACUCUGGUUUCAUCACAGCCAGUAUGUCAGAGGAUGCAGUAAGGACAUUGGUUCAAAGAUAUUUACAACGAAUUCAACAAACAUCUUUAAAAACAAUAGAAUUUCGCUAUAUUCAACGUUCAGUAUACAGCAAGGAUAGUAACAAUGUAAUUGUUCCUGUCAGAUUUGUUGUUGAUAAUCCUACCGGACAAGCCAUAAGAUUAAGGAGCUUUUUUGAAGUUAAAAAUCCUAUAACAGGUGGCAAAAAAAUUUUUGCAGCAAUAAACUCAAAACAGUCGUUUGUGAAUAUUUUGUCUCUGAAUAAUAGCAACAUAUCUAUUUUAUAUGCAUCCCAAAAUAAUAAAAUCGAUGGAAAUACCUUAAUUUCUAAAAAUUAUAGUCUUCCUUCGUCAAGAUGUCAAAUAACUUUGGGUUCUCCUCAUCUUCAGUAUGAAAAUGGUUAUGAUGGGAAACCACUUGAUGUACCUCAUCCAUUAAUUGGAAAAAUAGAUCAGAAAAGAGCUCAGGCAACUGAUUUGAAUACAGUAUAUAUAUAUGAUUUUCUAGACUUACUUGAAGAAGCAAUUAAGAGCUUGUGGAAAAAAUGUCCAAAAUACUUUGUAACAGCUCCAUUAGAGAAUAUCUUGACAAAUAACUCUGUUGAACUAAAAUCUCGUAACUCAUUAUAUUGUGGUGGUACCAAUAAUACUGAAUCUAAACAUGGAACUACAGCAUUUUUACCAGAUAAAAUCUUGGAGUGGAUUGAACUUGACCUUAAUUGUGAAACAGGAGAAUUAGAGUAUGUUAAGAGAGAGCCAGGGUGUAAUACAUGUGGUAUGGUUGCAUGGUUUUUAACAAUGCAUACUCCAGAAUAUCCAAAAGGUAGACGUGUUAUACUUAUUGGCAAUGAUAUUACACAUCAGAUGGGUACAUUUGGAAUUCAGGAAGAUUUACUAUUUCAGCGUGCAUCAGAAUAUGCUAGAUUAUUGGGAAUACCAAGAAUAUUCAUUGCAGCAAAUAGUGGUGCUAGAAUGGGUUUAGCAACAGAAGUUCAGAAAUGUUUACGUGUUGAAUUUAUAGAUCCAGAGCACCCAAUAAAGGGUUAUAAAUAUAUUUAUGUGACAGAAGAAGAUUAUAUUAAAUAUAACUUAGAAAAUAGUAUAUAUGCAGAAAUUAUAGAUCACCCUCAAGAUGGAAAAAUUUAUAAAAUAAAAGAUGUUGUUGGAGCACAAACAGGAUUAGGAGUUGAAAACUUGUGUGGAAGUGGUGGAAUUGCAGGGGAAACAUCAAAAGCUGCAAAGUCUAUAUUUACAAUUACAUAUGUAACAUCUCGCACAGUUGGGAUCGGUGCUUAUUUAGCUAGGUUAGGUCAUCGUGUAAUACAAAAGGCUCAUGGUGCUCCAAUUGUUCUGACUGGAUAUCAAGCUUUAAAUAAAAUGGUUGCUAAGGAUAUAUAUAGUAGCAAUGAUGAAUUAGGAGGUACCGAAGUUAUGGCCAAAAAUGGGGUUACCCAUUUAGUUGUGAAAGAUGACUUAGAUGGGUGUUAUGAACUGCUUAGGUGGCUCAGUUAUGUUCCAGAAUGUUUUGGUGGAAGAUUACCAAUAAUGGUUGAUCCUACAGAUCCCCUAUAUCGUAAUAUUACCUACAAUUGCAACAGUAAUACAGAUGAUCCACGCCUCAUGUUAACUGGAUGUAUGGAUUCUAAAGGACAUUGGCUAUCAGGAUUGUGUGAUAGAGGAUCAUUUCAAGAGGUUAUGAGUGAUUGGGCUAAAAGUGUCAUUGUUGGUAGAGGAAGAAUUGGAGGUAUUCCUGUAGGAUUUAUCUUAGUAGAAACUCGUGUAACUGAGUUUGUACAACCUGCUGAUCCUGUAAUGCCUCAUACUAGUGAAUUAAGAAUAGUACGACCAGGUCAGAUUUGGUUUCCUGAUUCUGCAUAUAAAACAGCUCAGGCAAUACGGGACUUUAAUAUUGAAGAAUUACCUCUUAUUAUUAUUGCAAAUUGGCGUGGUUUUAGUGGUGGACAAAAAGAUAUGUUCGAUGCAAUUUUGAAGUAUGGUUCAUUUGUUGUUGAUGAAUUGGUUAACUACCAUCAACCAUGUUUCAUUUAUAUCCCUCCUAAGGGUGAAUUGCGUGGUGGAGCUUGGGUUGUCCUUGAUUCUAAUAUUAAUCCAGAAUUUAUUGAAAUGUAUGCUGAUCCAACAGCACGUGGAGGUGUAUUAGAGGCAACGGGUAUUGUUGAAAUUAGAUUUAGACAUAAAGCUUUGAAAGAGUGGAUGAUGAGAUUAGAUCCUCAAUUAUUAUCAUUACAAGAAAAGGAUAAACAAUUACAUUUAAAAGGUUAUCCAAUUGAUUCAGUAGAACGAAGUUCUAUCAAGGAAGAAAUAAGUAAACGAUGUAGUUUCUUAUUACCUGUAUAUCAUGCUGCAGCAGUUCAUUUUGCAGAUCUUCAUGAUACCGCUAAUAGGAUGAAAGCUAAACAUGCUAUUCGUGACAUUGUACCAUGGAAAAAUGCUAGAAUAUUCUUUAUCUAUCGAAUUAAAAGACAGCUUUUAGUAUUUUCUUUAAGGAAUGAAAUUUCUCAAAAGUUGGGGAUAUCACUUAUUGAUGCUCAAAAUAUAGUUUUUCAGUGGGCUAUUGAUGAUGGAAUAGAUCCAAACAAUGAUACUCAAUUAAUACAAUGGAUUUGUCAUAGUGCAUCUCUUAUUGAAGAUAAGAUUUCUCAGCUUUCUUAG